UGACCCCUGGUGCUGUAUGGACUUGGGCAUGCCCAUGUGCAUAUAGAGGCAUUCUGUGGCUCACAAGGGCUUCAUUGUGCACUCGGUGGAUGGGAUGUUUCUUCUGCACAUGCUAGCUAAGUGAUACAAAUGCACAGAAAAGCCAAUCCAUUGAAGUGAAUGAUGCUGCAGAUCCGUUUGAGACAGUAAUUCUGCACGCAUAUAUGUUCUCCUGUGUGAUCCUGCAAGAACUACAGUGCAUGAAGGAUAUUCACAGAAAUGGCAGCCAUGCCAUCAUUUUGUACAACAUAAAAAUUCUAUUUUUAAAAGAGGGCAGUGUUGCAAUCUGAAGCAAAUUCUGUAUUGCUGCUGGACUUUCAUUGCAGGGUUCUUUAAAAAUGGCAGGAGACAUACCAUUAAACAUCAAUAUCAAAGAGCCUCGCUGGGAUCAAAGCACUUUUAUUGGACGAGCAAGACAUUUCUUCACUGUCACUGAUCCUAGGAACGUUUUGUUAUCCAAUGAACAAUUAGAAAAAUCAAGACAAAUCGUGCAUGAUUACAGACAAGGUAUUGUGGCCUCUGGAUUGACAGAAGAUGAACUGUGGAGGGCAAAAUAUAUCUAUGAUUCUGCCUUCCAUCCAGAUACUGGCGAAAAGAUGGUUUUGAUCGGCCGCAUGUCUGCUCAGGUGCCUAUGAACAUGACUAUUACUGGCUUCAUGAUGACCUUUUAUAAAACUACUCCAGCAGUGGUCUUCUGGCAGUGGAUUAACCAGUCAUUCAAUGCAAUAGUAAACUACACCAACAGGAGUGGAGACGCACCGAUUACCGUCAGCCAGCUGGGAACAGCCUAUGUUUCUGCCACCACAGGUGCUGUUGCAACUGCUCUAGGACUUAAUGCACUAACAAAGCACGUCUCACCUCUUAUAGGACGGUUUGUUCCUUUCGCUGCUGUAGCUGCUGCUAACUGCAUUAAUAUCCCAUUAAUGAGGCAAAGGGAACUCAAGUAUGGUAUCCCCAUCACAGAUGAAAACGGAAACCGAUUGGGCGAAUCGAGCAAAGCAGCUCAGCAGGCCAUCGUACAGGUGGUAAUCUCAAGGAUCCUUAUGGCUGCUCCUGGCAUGGGUAUUCCUCCCUUCAUAAUGAAUUCUUUGGAAAAGAAGGCAUUUUUAAAAAGGUUUCCGUGGAUGAGUGCCCCCAUUCAAGUGGGCUUAGUUGGCUUCUGUUUGGUAUUCGCAACACCUCUGUGUUGUGCCCUAUUUCCACAGAAAAGUUCCAUGUCUGUAAAACGCCUGGAGCCAGAAAUACAAGCCAAGAUCCAAGAGAUCAACCCUAAACUGGAGCGUGUGUAUUUUAACAAAGGAUUAUAAAUUUGUAGAAGACAAAGUAUCCCUCAGUAACGAUUAGGUGAACUUAUUUUUGAUUGAGAAAAUUUUGGUGAAGACAACUCAGCCCAGAUGAGUUCUUUGAGUUUGACACAAUUUUGAACACAGAAGGUCAUUUCUGUUUCACAAGAGAACUUCCAUAAUUAUGGUAUCAAAUGGCUGUCAAUGCCAUUAGCAACAGCACUCUGUAGGCUUCAGAUUUUUCAGCAGAAAUAAUUCAGAACAGGUUACACUUUUCAAGAAAAGAAAUAUUUAAUUCCUUUGGAAAAUCUCACAGCCACAAGAAAAUUGCACAAUUAUUUUUGUUGCCCAUCUUAAAUUUUUCCCCUACAAAAGAGCCAAAGCCAUCUUUGCUAUUAUAUUUGUACAUAUGGUAACAGUGAUAAUGCUGCGAAGUGAGACCCUCCAAAGUGUGAUUUUGUGACACUGGGUUCAUAUGUUGCCUUAUCUCACUUAUGUAAUGAGUACUGGAGUAUCCCAUGAAAGUUGUCUGAAAUGGGUGAUCAUAGAUCAGGAACCCUGGCUAAAAUUUUCCUGUGCUGUGCAAAGCCCCCCAGAUGGGAGAAGCUUACCAACCGAUAGUGAUAACUAGGAACUAUUCCUGCAACUGACAUUGUAAAUUGGGCCUUGAAGCCUAUCCAAAUGUUGAACAAGGUAUAUGGUACAGUCCUCUCAGGACUAUGCUACCUCAUCAUGUGUGCUGCACAUGAGGGUUUUUGUGUUUGAGUGUCUCUUCAUCUUAACAUUGCUCUGCAUAUGUAAAGCUAGCACGCUUUAGUGACUGCACAAGCGCAGGAGAAUGUCGCCCACUUCACCAUUUUGGUUGGCUCUCAUUCAUGGUGCUUGACAUUCUAUGACGAUCGGCAGGAUGCUACCAGGACUUUCAGUAUUUGCCAAAUCUUAUUGGUGUUGCCUAACUUUAGGGAUAUGUGCAUUAGCAAAAAACAAGUUUGCUACAGUUCUCUGAAUACCAUCAUGAAGUUCAUUCUGACUCAAGCCCUUAUCAGAUUGCAAGCUUUGCUUCUUUUUUUCUUUUCACCUGAACAGCCACACACAUUUUGUGCAUAUUUUUCCAAAUGUACACAUCAAUUGUGCACAUCUUUGAAAUGUAUGCCUUCUUUUCUCAUUGAUUAGAGCAUUUAAAGUGUGCAUUUUUCAAAAGUAGGCAAUCCAUUGUGUACAUUUUUGAAUGUAUGCACACUGUUGAACACAAUUUAAAUCAUACUGCAAGCUCAGAAAAGUAUGGACUUUGACCACAGAUUACAUCCAAGUCUGCGCUGAGUGCAAACUGGAUAAAUUGUGAUUUUAAAAAAAGGACUGUAAUGUUUUUUUCAUGCAUUCCUACCUAAUUAGUGUCAGUGGCCAAAUUCUGCAAAAAUUCAGGGUACUGAAUGCAAUACUGAAUUCAAUAAUGAAUUGCAGUUGUGUUGCCUGUAACGUUUUCCCAGAAAUGGGAAAAUACUAGUUUAGAUUCUGGCCUUAUUUUCUCAUAUCAAACAACCAUCAGACUUCAUAGGAUGGUCUUGAGACAGUUGUUUAAAUCCAACUGCACAAAAUAUUAUGCUGCUAAAUGCUCUUACAGGAGUGCCCUGUGUGGAGUUCUGUAUAAAGGUUCUGUUAAACAUUAGCAACUGAUGGUCAACAGUUUCAUUCCCUAAGAAGCACAGACAAGGCAUGGCUCUUCUAAUCAACUGCUUCUUUAUUUAAGACAGCCUUCCCCAAACUGGUGCCCUUCAAAGGAGAUAAAUCCAAAAAUAAAUAAAAUAAAUAAAAAAUGUUUCAACUCCCAUCAGCACCAACCAAUAUAGCUAAUGGACAGGAAAACUGAGAGUUGUCGAGAGUUGUCAUCCAAAACAUCUGGAGGCUGGGGAAGGCUGUGCUCUGUUGUCAUUCAUACACUGAUCCUUUGAAGCAAGGUGCUAUUAUUUGCCAUUGUACAGAAACCAGGCCAUGCAGUGAUGACUUGCUCAGAAAGCCACCUUGCGAGGCUGCUUGAGGGUUUGAGCCCAAGCUCCAAUACUUCGUCCAAUGAGUCACACUGGGUCUUUCUGCACAGCUCACGAGGGAGUUAUUUCUAUUAACAUUCCGUUCUAAUUUCAGUGUUUCUGAUACACACGCACUAUUGGUGCUUACCAUUUAAUGUACAAUACCCCAAAUGUAAUAUCACAGUGUGCCGUUAUUUCCCAGGACACAGAUGUAGAAGCCCUUUGUACUGCCAUGAAUAGAUCUAGCUAUGUACUCAAUGAAGUUGUUCCCCACUGUAAACCUUGAACAUUAUUACAUGCUCAAAAUAAUAUACACAAUCAGUGUUGUCCACACUGUCUGCUGGUAAUUUAGAGCAUAGCGUAUAUCCAGAGAUGCUAGACACAAUGUAGAAGCCCAGGUUGUUCAGGAUUCUAGUGCCAGAGUGAAAUACGCCCUCCAACAGUGGCUUGUUUACUGGCAGGCAGAGCUCAACCUUGAACUGAAAGGAGACGUAGUGCUCAUGCUUGAUCUGAACGUUUGCUUUGAAAGUCCGCCGCUCAGUGCGACUUGCAGAGCAAGUCAGUGAUUUUCAGUGUUCCAGGAAGUCCCAGACUUGCUGAGGAGCUUAUCAUGAGUUCCCCAGCAGGCAGACAAAUCCUCCUCGAGGACAGUUCACCAAGCGCCGCUGUCUCCCAUUGCAGUGCGCAGCCGGAGGAAGGGGUGGAGUGCAUUGUAAGCCAUGUGGGACAAGGAUGGCUAAAUCCCCAUCUGAACUGUGGCUCUCCCAGCCCCCAAACUCUCUUUAUCCCCAGCCAGCACAGCCAGGAGGUAACGGGAGCUGCUCAGACAAGGCGUCCAGAGGGCAUUCAGUUGGAGAACCCAGCCUAGAACAUACACCCAGAUUUCAUGCCACGUGUUUUUCCCCAGACUGUGGGAUAGUGGUUAAGAGUGCAGGGCUGAGGCUCAGGAGAUCUGGGUUCUAGUCCUCAUCUUGAAAGGAAAAAAGGCAGGAUGUAAACAUAAAAUGUGAAAGAGCUGGAACUAUCCAGGGGGUCCUCUUGCACUUAUCUCCUCACUGUCACACAUUUUUGGCACUAGUAGGGAAAAACAAUAGCAUGACGAAUCACAUGCCUUUAAACAGGAGUGAUGUGGCUGGGGUCAGACUGCUCCUGUGGCCAGCGGUGCACUUGGUGAAGAGCAUUUGAGCCGAGCCCGUCUCGGUGCGGUUGGCAGGGCAGGGCUAUUCUGCAGAAGAUUCACAAGGAUUGUGCGUGUGAGGUGUGCCUUGGCCCUGCAGAGUUGUGCUUGUGCAAAAAGAGCCUUUUAAAGGAUUUAUCAAAGCUUGAUAAGUCUCAUGUUUACUCAGAAGUAAAUCUCCACUGAACUAACUGGGGAUAUUCCUCCCAGAGGUUUAAGAUGUUGACUUGGGUUGGGCAGACUCAAGAUUUCCCUGCUGAAUUCUGUCAAAAUAAUGGCAAUAAAUUUUUACGGAGAAGAAAUGGAUAGGAAAUGUGCAUUUCAGUGAACUGAAAGCAAGCAUAUUUCACUGCUAAGGAAACUUAAAGGAAGGGACAAUAACAUCCGCCUCCUGUUUAAAGGGCUUGGUUUUUUUAAACAAAAUGUGCAACUUUUCCAAUAGUAUUUGGUUUUGAUUGAUAUAAGUUGGAUCCAUUAUAUGUGACCUCAGUAUGUUUGUGAAAAAGUGGUAAUUUGCAGUUUGGUGUGCUUGGAAUAAUACAGCCUUGAGCACAAAGAUUUUUACCGGUAGCUUUUGCCAGGCUGCAGGGGGUGCGGUUGACCCACAGAGGUACGUGCAUUUUUUAAAAUAUCAGUCUACUGAUGCUUUUUUUACAAGGUGAAUGAGUGUGCAUUUUUCUUGGUGGUACUAAGCAGAACAAAAUAGUGCUGAGAUCAGCUAAUUUGUGCUGAUCUGAUAGAAAAAGAAUGUCUUAACGAUAUUUCCAGUAAAUUGCAAUAAACUCACAUAGCAAAUGAAUUUGAGUAGUUAUUACUAUUUCCACUUUUGGAAAACAAUUCUGGAUUAUAUUGUGACUUACGUACAUUUUAAUGUAAGCAUUAGCACAAUGUCUUGUCGGAGUUGCUGUCAUUCCAUGUACCUUUUAAAGUGAAUUGGAUGAAAUAUUAAAAUUGGUGACUGAAAUAAA